CACAGCGCACGGGUUGACGGCGGGAGCAGAGAGAAGAGCUGGGUGGGGAUUGGCUGUCGUCGUCGUCAUCGCCACCGUCAUCGCCGUUGCCGUGGUCGUUGCUAGCAGCCCGCAAUCGUGAUUGCAAUCGUUGCACCGGAGAGAUCGGCGUGGAGAGUGCCGAUCCACACGAAGGAUGAGGUCCCCGAACGAGGACACCGACAACAACAACGGCAAGGGCAACGGAAACGACAACGACAACAACGCGAACGAGGUAGCUUCUCCCGAUGGAUCCCGGAUGAUUUGCGGGGCUUUUACCACCGGCCACACCGACAGCCCCGGCAUCAUCCACAGCAGCAUCCUCAGCGACAUUCUCAGCGACGUGCACAGCGACAUGGACAUGAACAUGGACAGAGACGGUGCCAACGGGGAGAAAAAGCCGGUGCGGGUCUCUUCGAAGCGCCGAACCAAUCCCAGGCCGCAGAAGAGCAAGAACCGCAGGCGUCCCGGCUACGAUCCCCGGUCCGGCCUGCCCUCGGGACUCCGGCUGGAGCUGCGCCCGGAGCACUCGCAUUCCGCCCAGUCGCCGAACCAAACGCAGAGCACACCCCGACGGCCGGUGGACCUCGUGUGCUCGCGGUUUCCCUCGGGGGCGUCGGUGCUGCCGGGCGUCGGGGGAAUGGACGUGGACGUGGACGUGGACGUCUCGUGCGGGGCCAUGAACCCCUUUGCGGCGGGCGACCUUCCCUACAACUCGGCCGGGAUCUCUCUGGCGAGCCCCCGGUCGGUCGACACCUUCCUGUCGGACCACUCCCGCUCGAGGCGGAGGCGGAGGAACGCAAGCGCAAGCGCAAGCGCAAACAGCAAUGCAAACACGGCAUCGCCGACGCACACCGCUACCACGGCGUCGAACUACCAUUACCGACACCACCACCAAGGCAACGCCUCCGUGUCCCCCUCCCACUCUCGUUCUCGGCUCCGUUCCCACUCGCGUUCCCGACUCACCAUCAGCAACGCCAACCUCCCAAAGACUAGGCAGGGCAGGAGGAGGUCCAGCACCGGUGCCACUGCUUCCGCACGGAGGGUCGAGCGGUUCAACUACGCCAAGGCCCUCCUCCGGUCCGACCACGAGCUCGAGAAGCUCUCGCGCAAGAUCCGCAACGAGAUCCACGAGUCGGAGCUCUACGAGGUGGCCAGCGCCGCCGAAAAGGCCGCGGAUUCGGGUGUCGACAACUUUUACGGGAGGCCGUCGACCUUUGGGAGGGCCAGGGCGGAAGGGGCCGCGGGGGGGGGAUCGGCGACGCGACAGCGGGCACCCCCGGGCGUGGGGAUGGGCGUGGGGUACAAGGCGGGAAGCCCUGCGCCAACGAAAGCGAGAACGACAGCGACAGCGACAGCGAGAACGACAACAACAACGCCAACAACAACGCCAACGCCGACACCGGUGCCCACGCCCACCAAACCGGACGCCGGCCGUUUGCCGUUGGAAACAGACCACAGCAACAUUCACGCAAACGUGUCUGUGUCUGUGAAUGCGAAUGCGAAUGGCAAUGCCACUACGAACUCUAGCGAUAGCGAAAGCGACAACCAAAACAACAACAACAACAACAACAGCAAGAGCAACAUCGUCAACAUCAACAACCACCAAAACAACAA